AUGCAAUUAACCUGGAAAGAUAUCCCAAGUGUCCCAACUUCAAAUGACAUGCUUGACAUUGUCUUGAACCGGACCCAGAGAAAAACCCCAACCGUCAUCAGAGUGGGGUUCCAAAUCCAGCGUAUCAGAGCUUUCUACAUGCGUAAGGUGAAGUUCACUGCAGAAGGGUUUGUCGAAAAGCUCGACGAAAUCUUGCAAAAGUUUCCAAACAUCAACGAUUUGCAUCCAUUCCACAGAGAUUUGAUGGACACUUUGUACGAGAAGAACCAUUAUAAAGUCUCCCUCGGCUCCCUUUCUAAGGCCAAGGCCUUUGUCGAACAGAUCUCCAGAGAUUACAUCCGUUUGCUCAAGUUCGGUCAAUCCUUGUUCCAGUGCAAACAGUUGAAGAGAGCGGCGUUGGGUCGUAUGGCAACUACGGUCAAGAAGUUGAAGGACGCUUUGCUUUAUCUCGAACAAGUCAGACAGCAUAUUGGUAGAUUACCAUCCAUUGACCCAAACACCAGAACCUUGUUGAUCUGUGGCUACCCUAACGUGGGUAAGUCAUCUUUCCUUCGUUGUAUCACCAAGGCUGACGUCGACGUGCAGCCUUACGCUUUCACAACCAAAUCUCUCUAUGUCGGACAUUUCGACUACAAAUAUUUGCGUUUCCAGGCCAUCGAUACUCCAGGUAUUUUGGACAGACCAACCGAAGAGAUGAACAACAUUGAAAUGCAGUCCAUUUACGCAAUCGCCCACUUGCGUUCCUGUGUUUUAUACUUCAUGGAUUUAUCCGAGCAGUGUGGUUUCAGCAUUGAAUCCCAAGUCAAGCUUUUCAAUUCCAUCAAGCCUUUGUUUGCCAACAAGUCCGUUUUGGUUGUCAUCAACAAGACUGAUAUCAUCCACGUUGAAGACUUGGACUCUGAAAGACAAAAGUUGAUCAACUCCAUGCUUGAAACCCCAGGUGUCGAGAUAAUGCAAACUUCUUGUUAUAACGAAGAAAAUGUGAUGCAAGUCAGAAACAAGGCCUGUGAAAAAUUGUUGACUUCAAGAAUCGAGCAGAAGUUGAAGGGCUCCGGUAGAGUCAACAAUGUUUUGAAUAAGAUUCACGUUUCCAAACCGGUUGCAAGAGACGAGUUGGACAGAGAACCUCAUAUUCCUGAAGCUGUCAAGUUACUGAAAAAGUAUGAUUCCAACGAUCCAGAAAGAAGAAAACUUGCCAAGGAUAUCGAACUCGAGAAUGGUGGUGCUGGUGUCUACAACAUCAACUUGAAGGAAAAGUACAUCCUGGACGAUGAAGAAUGGAAAAAUGAUGCCAUGCCUGAAAUUUUGGAAGGUAAGAACGUCUACGAUUUCCUUGAUCCUGAUAUUGCAUUGAAAUUACAAGCAUUGGAGGAAGAAGAGGAACAGCUCGAGCGUGAAGGGUUCUACGAUUCUGAUAAUGAUAUGGAAGAUGACGAGCAAGCAUCUGAUAUCAACAGAAUACGUGAAAAGGCUCAAUGGAUUAGAGACAAGCAAAAAGUGAUGAUAAACGACGCCCGUUUGAAGAAGCAUUUGAGCAACCGUGCUAUAAUGCCAAGAUCCAAGAUUACGAAGUCCUUCGGCGAGUUGGAGAACCACAUGUAUCUUGUUGGUCACGACACAAACGUGUUGAAGGACAAGAAGGGUAAGAGUAAGAAGCAAUUCAAUGUCAAGGGUUCUGAUAUUUUACGUGGUUCAAUUGAAGAUGAACUCAGAACUGGUGGUGUCAAGCCAUUGAAUCAAUCCGAUAGAUUGAACGACGGUAUUGACGAUGGUGCUCUUAGAUCGAAGGCUGAAAGAAUCGUCAAGAUGGAGAGAAGGGAAAGAAACAGAAACUCCAAGAAGGGUGAAGCUGAUAGAACUAUCGGCGACCAAAUGCCAAAGCAUUUGUUCAGUGGUAAGAGAGGUAAUGGUAAGACCGACUUCCGUUAA